AUGUACGCGCGCUUGUUUCUUUUUCACUGUGAAUUCGAAUUGACGUCACUGUCUGACAAUCAAUUCUUCUCCUCUCUCGGAACAACAGUCUUCUCCUCUCUCUCUAAACAACAGUCUUCUCCUCUCUCUCUAAACAACAGUCUUCUCCUCUCUCUCGGAACAACAGUCUUCUCCUCUCUCUCUAAACAACAGUCUUCUCCUCUCUCUCGAAAACAGUCUUCUCCUCUCUCUAAACAACAGUCUUCUCCUCUCUCUCAACAGUCUUCUCCUCUCUCUCUAACAACAGUCUUCUCCUCUCUCUCGGAACAACAGUCUUCUCCUCUCUCUCUAAACAACAGUCUUCUCCUCUCUCUCCCCAAACAACAGUCUUCUCCUCUCUCUCUAACAACAGUCUUCUCCUCUCUCUCGGAACAACAGUCUUCUCCUCUCUCUCGGAACAACAUCUUCUCCUCUCUCUCUAAACAACAGUCUUCUCCUCUCUCUCUAAACAACAGUCUUCUCCUCUCUCUCGGAACAACAGUCUUCUCCUCUCUCUCGGAACAACAGUCUUCUCCUCUCUCAACAACAGUCUUCUCCUCUCUCUCUAAACAACAGUCUUCUCCUCUCUCUCGGAACAACAGUCUUCUCCUCUCUCUCGGAACAACAGUCUUCUCCUCUCUCUCGGAACAACAGUCUUCUCCUCUCUCUCGGAACAACAUCUUCUCCUCUCUCUCUCUCUCAACAGUCUUCUCCUCUCUCUCAGAACAACAGUCUUCUCCUCUCUCUCAGGAACAACAGUCUUCUCCUCUCUCUCCCAACAACAGUCUUCUCCUCUCUCUCUCUCUCUCUCUAAACAGUCUUCUCUCUCUCUCAGAAAACAACAGUCUUCUCCUCUCUCUCAAACAACAGUCUUCUCCUCUCUCUCGGAACAACAGUCUUCUCCUCUCUCUCGGAACAACAGUCUUCUCCUCUCUCUCGGAACAACAGUCUUCUCCUCUCUCUCUAAACAACAGUCUUCUCCUCUCUCUCAAACAACAGUCUUCUCCUCUCUCUCUUCUCCUCUCUCUCGGAACAACAGUCUUCUCCUCUCUCUCUCUCAAAAACAACAACAACAGUCUUCUCCUCUCUCUCUCUUCUCCUCUCUCUCAACUCUCUCAAACAACAGUCUUCUCCUCUCUCUCGGAACAACAGUCUUCUCCUCUCUCUAAACAACAGUCUUCUCCUCUCUCUCGGAACAACAGUCUUCUCCUCUCUCUCGGAACAACAGUCUUCUCCUCUCUCUCGGAACAACAGUCUUCUCCCUCUCUCUCAACAACAGAACAACAGUCUUCUCCUCUCUCUCUCAGUCUUCUCCUCUCUCGAACAACAGUCUUCUCCUCUCUCUCUAAACAACAGUCUUCUCCUCUCUCUCGGAACAACAGUCUUCUCUCUCUCUCGAACAACAGUCUUCUCCUCUCUCUCGGAACAACAAACAACAGUCUUCUCCUCUCUCUCGGAACAACAGUCUUCUCCUCUCUCUCUCGGAACAACAGUCUUCUCCUCUCUCUCGAACAACAGUCUUCUCCUCUCUCUCGGAACAACAACAUCUUCUCUCUCUCUUCUCCUCUCUCUCUCUACAACAGUCUUCUCCUCUCUCAGGAACAACAGUCUCUCCUCUCUCUCGAAAACAGUCUUCUCCUCUCUCUCAGUCUUCUCCUCUCUCUCGGAACAACAGUCUUCUCCUCUCUCUCUAAACAACAGUCUUCUCCUCUCUCUCUAACAACAGUCUUCUCUCUCUCUCAACAACAGUCUUCUCCUCUCUCUCGAACAACAUCUUCUCCUCUCUCUCUACAACAGUCUUCUCCUCAACAGUCUCUCAAACAACAGUCUUCUCCUCUCUCUCUAAACAACAGUCUUCUCCUCUCUCUCGGAACAACAGUCUUCUCCUCUCUCUCUAAACAACAGUCUUCUCCUCUCUCUCAGAACAACAGUCUUCUCCUCUCUCUCUCUCGAACAACAGUCUUCUCCUCUCUCUCCCCUAAACAACAGUCUUCUCCUCUCUCUAAACAACAGUCUUCUCCUCUCUCUCGAACAACAGUCUUCUCCUCUCUCUCGGAACAACAGUCUUCUCCUCUCUCUCGGAACAACAGUCUUCUCCUUUUCUUCUCUCUCUCUAAACAACAGUCUUCUCCUCUCUCUCGAACAACAGUCUUCUCUCUCUCUCUCUCCUCUCUCUCUAAACAACAGUCUUCUCCUCUCUCUCGAACAACAGUCUUCUCCUCUCUCUCGGAACAACAGUCUUCCUCUCUCUCGGAACAACAGUCUUCUCCUCUCUCUCGGAACAACAGUCUUCCUCUCUCUCUAAACAACAGUCUUCUCCUCUCUCUCCCUAAACAACAGUCUUCUCCUCUCUCUCUCGGAACAACAGUCUUCUCCUCUCUCGGAACAACAGUCUUCUCCUCUCUCAGGAACAACAGUCUUCUCCUCUCUCUCCCUAAACAACAGUCUUCCUCUCUCUCGGACAACAUCUUCUCCUCUCUCUCAAACUCUUCUCCUCUCUCUAAACAACAGUCUUCUGUCUUCUCCUCUCGGAACAACAUCUUCUCCUCUCUCUCUAAACAACAGUCUUCUCCUCUCUCUCGGAACAACAGUCUUCUUUUCGAAACAACAGUCUUCUCCUCUCUCUCGGAACAACAGUCUUCUCCUCUCUCUCUAAACAACAGUCUUCUCUCUCUCUCGAACAACAGUUUCUCCUCUCUCUCGAACAACAGUCUUCUCUCUCUCUCUAAACAACAGUUUCUCUCUCGAACAACAGUCUUCUCCUCUCUCUCUAAACAACAGUCUUCUCCUCUCUCUCUAAACCAUCUUCUCCUCUUUUUCUCUCUCUCUCUCGUUUCUCCUCUCUCUCUAAACAACAGUCUUCUCCUCUCUCUCGGAACAACAGUCUUCUUCUCUCUCUCUAAACAACAGUCUUCUCCUCUCUCUCUUCCUCUCUCUCUAAACAACAGUCUUCUCCCUCUCUCUCGGAACAACAGUUUCUCCUCUCUCUCUAAACAACAGUCUUCUCCUCUCUCUCUCAAACAACAGUCUUCUCCUCUCUCUCGGAACAACAUCUUCUCCUCUCUCUCUAAACAACAGUCUUCUCCUCUCUCUCGGAACAACAGUCUUCUCUCUCUCUCUCAACAACAUCUUCUCCUCUCUCUAAACAACAACUUUCUCUCUAAACAACAGUCUUUUCUCUCUAAACAACAGUCUUCUCCUCUCUCUCGCUUCUCCUCUCUCUCUCCUAACAGUCUUCUCCUCUCUCUAACAACAGUCUUCUCCUCUCUCUCUAAACAACAGUCUUCUCCUCUCUCUCGGAAACAACAUCUUCUCCUCUCUCUCACAACAGUCUUCUCCUCUCUCAAAAUAACAACAGUCUUCUCCUCUCUCUCUAAACAACAGUCUUCUCCUCUCUCUCAAAACAACAGUCUUCUCCUCUCUCUCGAACAACAGUCUUCUCCUCUCUCUCAACAACAGUCUUCUCCUCUCUCUCUAAACAACAGUCUUCUCCUCUCUCUCGGAACAACAGUCUUCUCCUCUCUCUCGGAACAACAGUCUUCUCCUCUCUCUCGGAACAAAGUCUUCUCCUCUCUCUCUCGAACAACAGUCUUCUCCUCUCUCUCUAAACAACAUCUUCUCCUCUCUCUCGGAACAACAGUCUUCUCCUCUCUCUCGGAACAACAGUCUUCUCCUCUCUCUCUAAACAACAUCUUCUCCUCUCUCUCGGAACAACAGUCUUCUCCUCUCUCUCGGAACAACAGUCUUCUCCUCUCUCUCUUCUCUCUCUCUAAACAACAGUCUUCUCCUCUCUCUCCCCUAACAACAGUCUUCUCCUCUCUCUCCCUACAACAGUCUUCUCCUCUCUCUCUAAACAACAGUCUUCUCCUCUCUCUCGAACAAUCUUCUCCUCUCUCUCGGAACAACAGUCUUCUCCUCUCUCUCUCAAACAACAGUCUUCUCCUCUCUCUCUCUAAACAACAGUCUUCUCCUCUCUCUAAACAACAGUCUUCUCCUCUCUCUCGAACAACAGUCUUCUUUCUCUCUCCUCUGAACAAUCUUCUUCCUCUCUCUCUCGGAACAACAGUCUUCUCCUCUCUCUCCAACAACAUCUUCUCCUCUCUCUCGAACAACAGUUUCUGUCUUCUCCUCUCUCUCGGAACAACAGUCUUCUCCUCUCUCUCUAAACAACAGUCUUCUCCUCUCUCUCUAAACAACAGUCUUCUCCUCUCUCGAUCUUCUCCUCUCUCUCGAACAACAGUCUUCUCCUCUCUCUCGGAACAACAGUCAAACAACAUCUUCUCCUCUCUCUCACAACAGUCUUCCCUCUCUCUAACAACAGUUUUUUUCUCGAAAACAUUUGGUCUUCUCCUCUCUCUCGAAACAACAGUUUCCUCUCUCUCUGGAACAACAGUUUUUCUCAGGACAACAGUCUUCUCCUCUCUCGAAACAAUCUUUUUCUCCUCUCUCUCAGAACAAAGUCUUCUCCUCUCUCAACAGACUUCUCCUCUCUCUCGGAACAACAUCUUCUCCUCUCUCUCUAAACAACAGUUUGUUCUUAGUGUUGUUUUUCCUCUCUCUCAGGCAACAGUCUUCUUCUCUCUUAACAUUCACAACAGUCUUCUCCUCUCUCUCGGAACAACAUCUUCUCCUCUCUCUCGGAAAAAGCCACAACAGUCUUCUCCUCUCUCUCUCCUGAAAACUUCUCCUCUCUCGGAAAAUUUCUCCUCUCUCUCAGUCUUCUCCUCUCUCAACAAAAACCUUCACAACGUACAACAGCUUCUCCUCUCUCUCGGAACAAUCUUCUCCUCUCUCUCUAAACAACAUCUUCUCCUCUCUCUCAGACUAGUCUCUUCUCCUCUCUCUCAGAACAACAGUCUUCUCCUCUCUCUCGGAACAACAGUCUUCUCCUCUCUCUCUCUCUCCGUGGCAGUCUUCUCCUCUCUCUCUAUUCAACAAACAACAGUCUUCUCCUCUCUCUCUAUACAACAGUCUUCUCUCUCUCUCUCUCUCCUCUCUCUCCUAACAACAGUCUUCUCCUCACAACAGUCUUCUCCUCUCUCUCGGAACAACAGUCUUCUCCUCUCUCUCGGAACAAUCUUCUUCUCCUCUCUCUCGAACAACAUCUUCUCCUCUCUCUCUCGGAAAACAACAGUCUUCUCCUCUCUCUCGAACAACAGUCUUCUCCUCUCUCUCAAACAACAGUCUUCUCCUCUCUCUCGGAACAACAGUCUUCUCCUUCUCUCCUUCUCUCUCUCUCAACAGUCCUCUCUCUCGGAACAACAGUCUUCUCCUCUCUCUCUAAACAACAGUCUUUUGCCUGUUCUCCUCUCUCUCUCGAAACAAAAUAAUAAAAAAGUCUUCUCCUCUCUCUCGAACAACAACAGAAAACAGUCUUCUCCUCUCUCUCGAACAAGCAGUCUUCUCCUCUCUCUCGAACAACAGUCUUCUCCUCUCUCUCGAACAACAGUCUUCUCCUCUCUCUCGGAACAACAGUCUAAAACAGUCUUCUCCUCUCUCUCAGAACAACAGUCUUCCUCUCUCUCAGGAACAACAGUCUUCUCCUCUCUCUCGGAAAACUGA